GUUCCCCUUGCCUUUCCUCCAUUCAGCCCGCUAGUCGCUCACUGCCACUAAACUUGCCUCAUCCAACUCGCCCGCCAGUGACCAGCCAGAGAGCGAAGGGGAUAUGCUCCCGUUAACUCGCCGAGUACGACUCCUGCGUGACCUGAUUGAACACUGCCUUCUUUCUUUGAGCCCUUUUGCCAUCCACCUCUCAUCUGGCUGGUCGAGGCCGAUAUAGCCAUUCCGUCCCCCUCCUCGGCUCAUUCUCUUCCACCACCGCUCCACCUCUCCAUCAACCCUUCUACCUGAUCGACUUUUUUCCUGGUUCUGCUCGCAGACCAUACUUUCGUUUAUUCACACGAAACCAACACUCGCUUUCACACGCCUUUGACCUCUCGUUCGUUGGACCUUCAAUCGCUCAAGUCCUUCGCUUUCGACUCAUUCGCUGAAAAGCCUCAACUAUCCCGCCUUCGCCUCUGUACAUUCCAGCCACCUACCUGAACUUCCCGAGAAGUGCCGCUGGGUGAGAACAUUCGCUACAUUUGGACUUUAACAACUUCUGUACCUGAGGACUGGGUCGAAGAGUUUUACUGCGGGCAUUUUUGGUUGAAGAUUCGCCCAUUAGCCUACCGGCAUCGCAGACCACUUUCAGGCAGCUGCACUCUCCAUACUGGUGGUGAAUAUCUGUCUGGAAAUUCGGGCAUAUCUGUCAAAGAGUGGGAAGAACAUCACCGUGACCAUAUUUGCGACUGGUCCACAUCGAAAUCCAGAGUGUCGGUGACAGUUGUCUCAGUCCUGGGAGAGAAAGAUUCACUCUACCGACCACCCACCUAUUUGGAAUAUUCAGAAACAUCACGACAUCUAACCUCUACCUCGAUCUUUCAUUAGAAAGUUCGUUCCAUCCGUCUGGAAUUCUUUGUCUUCGAGAUUAGAUCUGCUUCAAGAUCCCGGAUCUUCAACUCUUUAGGAAGCACACCACAGGUUCCCGGUCUCGAUCCAAAUCCUCGCAAGCUGGAUACAGCGACCAUCUAGGUGGUCGUCGCUAGCCUAGCCAGCCUCCUCCCACACGUCUCAGACGUCUAGGGGGCGAAAUACCUGCUCAGCCAUACAAGCGUCAUUCGGAUGUUUGUCAGGAGAACAACGAUACUCGACUCGUUGUUCGGAUCUCGAUAACACUUUCCAGAAGUCGCUCGCUCUGAUUUGAGGAAACCACGCCUCUAAUCAACCACAUUCGUUUAGCAACCAGUCACUCGCUUCGUGCUUUUUUCGAACAUUAAUUUCCAUCAUCAUCAACAUCAUCAAUACCGUCAAUCUGGCGUCGAUUACUCACAACCGUUUUCAGUCCUUCCCAGACUUCCACACCCCCUUCAUAGUCGACGACUCUUUCGACCCUUCGGUCUUUGCGGGAGAGCACUUUGGCAAUCAAUUCCAGGACGGCCUCGAGGCCAACCCUGGUCAGCUCUUCUCCAUGUCUGGCUAUGAGAAAGUCGGUCCAGCAGGGCUCAUGAAUUUUCAAGCUUCUGCCCUUCAAAGUCCGAUGUUCUAUGGUUCUUUCCCUCAGACGCCAUAUGAUCAUCAUCCCCUUCUCCAGCCUGGACCGGGCCAGGAUGCCGAUUUCCAAUACGUCCCUGCACAGAGCUUUGAAGAACGUAAGCCUUCCACAGUGGACAUGCGAGACGUCAAGGCUUUCAGUGUGCCACAUUCGAGAGCGGCGUCGACAAACAGCAUCUCAACCAAAUCCCUAAAGCGGAGGGUAUCAAACAUCGAUGAGUAUGAUCUUCCAGCUCAAAAGAGAGCAGCAAUCGCACAAGUGCAGGUCCAAGAUCCCAAUGGAGAUUACUACGAUCUCAGUGGCCAAACCUCACCUUACUCACCAUUUGUGCCAACACCAACCGGCAGCACUGGAAUUCCCGCGUGUGCCGGUCAAAUCCCGUCACCCAGACCUUCUGGUCACCACUACUCAACCUCGACGGCCUCUCAAGUAUCCUUGGCUGCUCCAUCACCACACACACCUGCUUUCAGCCCCUCAUUCACCACCGUGAAGAGCGAGCAAAGCCCCGGAGCACCCUUGACCCCUAUUCCAAGGCCAGCCACAAGCUCUCCUCUGAAGUCAUCGAUACCAAAGUUGGUGAGAACCUCGACUAUGCAGCAGUCUCCUCAGCAAUCUUUCUCCGGCAUGGCUGCUGUGCCGCAGACUCAAAACUUCAAUCCCUAUGCUAUGCAUCCUCUCAAGGCCAAUCUCAAGCUAAAGGGUGAUCUGGAUACCAUGAAGGAUGGCUGGACGGCGGAUGAGAAGGAGACCCGUCGCCGUCUUGUCGAAUUCAAACGCAGCCAAAUCAACAGCACCAUCACAGCUGAAUUCGGCCCAGUGACCCCUCAAGAGCGACAGCCAAGCAGCAUCUGCAUUUCAUGCAUUUGGUGGAAGGAGAGAAACGAAUACUACGUUACCUCCGUCGACACCAUCUACCUACUUGAGUCACUUGUUGGUGUUCGAUUCACUGUUGAAGAGAAGAACCGAAUCCGUCGCAACCUCGAGGGGUUCAGACCAAUGACUGUUUCAAAGGCCAAGCCAGACAGCGAAGAAUUCUUCAAGGUCAUCAUGGGCUUCCCACAUCCCAAGCCUCGCAACAUCGAGAAGGAUGUCAAGGUGUUCCCGUGGAAGAUUCUCUCAGUUGCCCUGAAAAAGAUCAUCUCCAAGUACUCGGCGAGCUACUCGUCGACUGCUUCUUCGCUGCUUACCCCGACUUCUUCGGUCUAUUCCAAUGGAGAGAUUGUCGACUACCACUAUGCACCAUCACCUCACCCCGAGUACAUGGCUGCCAGUGGUUCAUACCCCGUCCACACUGAAGUGACGUAUGUGCCCGGGCCGCAAGCGAUGCGCAUGCAAGGGCCACCACCGGUUCCCGAGCUGCAACUUCAGAUGCCAGAGUAUGUCCCCGGAUACGACGUCAAUGGUCAGUACGUCUAUCAAAUGGUCCAAGCUCCUCCUUCAGGAACAAUGGCCAUGCCACAUGGUCCGAUGACUGCACCAAUCACCCGCAUGCCAUCUUGGGAUUAUGCCAACUUUGUCAAUGACAGCCCCAUCGCAACAGCACCGCAGAGCGCACCACCGACCGGCUACCCGCGCGGGUUCAUCGGAACGGCCGAGUUUCUGCCUCACAUGCACUACCAGCAACACUGAAGCGUGCAAGCAAUCAAUCUUUUCCUUUCUCAACUGUCCUUAGCAUCCAUCAUUUGUGCAUAGCACAGGGGUCUUUUGAUACCUAUCCACCGGAAACGGAGUUUCUUUUCUGCAUUGUCACCGGCGUCAAAUGGGAACAACAAGGGAAAUGUUUGGGAAGAAUGAGUCAUGUACACAAAAAUCUCUGUACACCAACAUGGGUCAUGUCUUAGCGAUUUGAUAUUGGGAUGGAGGGCUGAUGUUGUCAACACGGAAUGGUCAUGGGAGUCGAGCAGUUAUGGCUGAUUGACUCCAUUGGAGUAAUACUGAGACCAAAGCCGGGGUUAUGUUCGUUCAUAUGAUUGAUGACGCAUAGAUGAUAUGCCAGAUGACCAGCAGACGCGACCUUGAGAGAGCGCAGCAGUAGCAGCAGCAGCAGCAGCAAUACAAUGAAUUAGUCUAUUUGAUA